UCAUCAUUCAUUCAUGUGUCACUUUUUAGAAAAUUUAUCUAAAUGCUUUUACCACGAAUUAUAUAUUAGUAAAAAUUCAUUGAAACGUUAAGAUCUCGUAUAGAAUAUAAACAAUGGAGUUAAACGACGUGAUAGUCAAUCAACCAGUUGUCAUAGACAAUGGCUCUGGUGUCAUCAAAGCUGGUUUUGCCGGCGAUCAAAUACCGAAAUGCAGAUUUCCCAAUUACAUUGGACGACCCAAACAUGUCCGCGUCAUGGCGGGAGCGCUGGAAGGGGAGCUGUUUGUAGGGCCUCGCGCUGAGGAGCACCGGGGAUUGCUCAGCAUCAAGUACCCCAUGGAGCAUGGUAUAGUCACAGACUGGAAUGAUAUGGAGCGAGUGUGGAACUAUAUUUAUAGCAAGGACCAACUGUCCACGUUCUCCGAGGAGCACCCCGUGCUGCUGACGGAGGCGCCUCUCAACCCGCGCCGCAACAGGGAGAAGGCUGCCGAGGUCUUCUUUGAGACCUUCAAUGUUCCAGCGCUGUUCCUGUCCAUGCAGGCGGUGCUCAGUCUCUAUGCAACUGGUCGCACGACGGGCGUGGUGCUGGACUCCGGCGACGGGGUGACCCACGCGGUGCCCAUAUACGAGGGCUUCGCGAUGCCGCACAGCAUCAUGAGGGUCGACGUGGCCGGCCGCGACGUCACCAGGUAUCUCAGACUGGUGCUACGGAAAGAAGGCGUGAACCUGCGCACCUCGGCUGAGCUGGAAAUCGUGAAAUCGAUAAAGGAACGCGCGUGCUACCUCUCGCCUAAUCCGCUCAAAGAGGAGACCUUGGACACGGAGCGGGCACAGUACACCUUGCCUGAUGGGACCCAGCUCGAGAUUGGUCCAGCAAGGUUCCGAGCACCAGAAGUGUUGUUCAGGCCUGAUCUCAUCGGUGAAGAAUGUGAAGGACUCCACGAGGUGCUCAUGUUCGCGAUCCAGAAGUCCGAUAUGGACCUUCGGAAGGUGCUGUACCAGAACAUAGUGCUCAGCGGGGGCUCCACGCUGUUCAGAGGGUUCGGAGACCGGCUGCUGGCCGAGAUACGGCGGCUGGCGCCCAAGGACAUGAAGAUAAGGAUCUCAGCGCCCCAGGAGCGCCUCUACAGCACGUGGAUAGGUGGUUCGAUCCUCGCGUCGCUCGAUACAUUCCGCAAGAUGUGGGUGUCCAAACGGGAGUACGACGAGGAGGGACACCGCGCCGUACACCGCAAGACGUUCUAAUUUAUUUUAUAUAUAUGUAAAUAUAUUAUAUAGGCGAUUAUGGGCUAAAAUAUAGAAUUACUAUGACAGAAUAUACCAGUCUCAUACGAAACGCCAUUUCAGUAUUUUACAAAUUGUCCGUUUUAGGUAUUUUUUUUUUGCAAGCCAAAAAAAAUAUAUUAAUGAGGGGUCAAAAUUGUAGUUUAUUUAUUUAUUUAACUCUUUAUUGCACCAGAAAUAUAAGAAUUAACAAUUCAAGUGAAAUACAGUAGUAUAAAAUAUAUAUCAAAAUAUAUAUACAUUAAGGGUUUGUUACUAGUGGGGUUUAAUUGACCCAUUGCUAGCAAUACAGGGUGUAUUGCUAACAAUGGGUCAAUUAGACAGAUCAGACUCCUUGGAAGCCAUCGUGGUUAACCGUAGUGAAAUUCGUCACGAUGGGCUAACUGACCUGCUUCAUCCUCACCUAUCGUCUAUCACUGGUCCCCUGCCAGCGUAUACCGAUAGCGCAGACGGGGUUGCUAUUCCAUUUUCAACCAUAAAAAAAAUACAUAAAGGUACAAAAGGCGGUGUUAUCGCUAAGGCGAUCUCUUACAGACAAUCUUUGGUUAAAGGAAAACAGAUAGAAGUGGGUAGGUUUGGUGGGUAGUGAUGUUGUACAGAUGAUAAUGGUAUGGUAACCCCGCCUGCGCUAUCGGUAUACGCUGGCGGAGUACCGGGGACACAUGAUAGGUGAGGAUGAAGCAGGUCAGUUAGCUCAUCGUGAUGAAUACACCUGGAAUUCAGCACGGUGGUUUCCAAAUGGGAUCACGUGGCAGUAAUGAGACUGGGACGGCUUACUAACAAUCCCUUAUAAACACAGUAUAUACUGUGUUUCCCAUGUGACGUUUAAGGCAGCUUAUAAAUACUGAAAUGCUAAGGUAGACUGCCGUCUUUCUCGAUUGGUUUUUUUUUUUUUUAUGGGUGAAAAUGGUAUGGCAACCCCGUCUGCGCUAACGGGAUACGCUGGCGGAGCACCAGUGAAGGGUGAUAGAUGAGAAUGAAAACAGGCCAGUUAGCACAUCAUGAUGAAUUCAUCAGGAAUUAACCAUGACAGUUUCCAGGGGGCACCGUGAGGAGGUCGACCUGGUUGGAUAUAUUGCUAACAAUGGGAUUCUCAGUCUCCAUUACUAACAGUCCCUUUUUCCCUAUCCUCAAUCGGGUUAGGCAGAGACGAUAUGCAUUUUUUUCCUAAAUUAUUCUGUCAUAAUAAUUUUAUUUAACUUAUUUUUUUUUUUAGCUAAAAUGACAAGUAUAAAUAAAAAAAAAACAGUCAUUAUAAAUUAUACAUCUUGGGAGUAUUCAUGCCGAGAGCUGCCUCUGAAUUAUCUGUCAAUUUUAAAUUUUUAAAUAAUUAAAAGCACUUAAUUUUUCAUCAAAUAUUUCGGAAUAUUUAUUUCGGAAUAGAAUAGAUGGGAUGCAUAAUUCACAUAGUGUGAGACUCGUUGUUAUUAUGACAUUGCUAAUGCGUUAUCCUAUUUCAUAGUUAAACUACACGGUACGGAGGCGUUAACAUUACAGUCCUCAGAAUUGUGGGUGUCACAGUAUACCCUGUGAUGUCCACGACGCUGGUCAUGUCAUUUAAAUGUAGUACAAUUUGUUUUUACAAUUGACAGAUAAUUCCGGUCUCGUAACAUUGCGGUGAGCUUUUUAAAAAGUACUAAGCAAAAAAACUUAAUAAAAAUGUUACUCUAUUUAUGUAAAAAUCAUCAGGGCCGUAAUAACGAGACGGUUUUGAAUAUUUAAUAAUUAAUUAAGAAUUUAAUUUAAUAACUAAUUAAUCAUUAAUUAUUUUUCAUUUAAUAUUUAAUUAAUCAAUAAUUAAUUUCAUUUAAUAUUUAAUUAAUCAUCAAUUAAUUUUUAUUUAGUAUUAAAUUAACAGAGAACUACCAAGUACAGUGUUUUAUUGUAAUAAGUAAAUAAUUAAAUGCUAAAUAAACAUUAAACAAGAAUAGUAAUUAAUUAAAUUUCUGUUUAUAAUUAAUUAGUUAUUAAUUUAUUAUUGAUAAAGUCUAAUCCUUAUUACGGUUCUGUUAUGUAUUUUAAUAAUACACUAUGUAUCUCAGAUCUAGAAUUACAUCGCAAAAAAUGUAUGCUUCGAACAUUGAUAUAGAGAAAACUCGAGAUGUACACUAGAUUAAAAAAAAAUUAUUUACCAGAGGGAGACUUUGUACAAAAGUCGAUUGCUUGGUUACCUCUGUCCCAUUCGUGUUUCAACCGUGAAGCAGUUGUGUUUGCAUGGCUGUGUUUCAGUUUGAAGGGUGGUAUAUGGCGUAAAUUUACAGGGUACAGAGGAAUAACACCUGAGUCCUCAGGAAUGGCAACGCAUGGGGGGUAACAUGGGCGAAACAGUAUACUCUGUUAUGUCCAUGGUACUGCUCAUGUUUAUAGGCGACGGUUACCACUUUCCAUCAGGUGGGCCGUCAGCUUGUUUGCUAUUCUAAGUUGUAUAAAAAAAAAGGUCAGUUAGCACAUCGUGAUGAAUACACCUGGAAUUCAAUACAAUGGUUUCCAGGGAGGGGCAAGUUAAGGUCAACCUGGCCAGCUCCAUUGCUAGCAAUAUACCCUAUAUUGCUAGCAAUGGAAUUGAUAGUCUGCAUUACUAACGCUUCCCUCCACUCGUAAGUGGUUUGGAAGUACGCGCUCAAUCAGAGGAACGCAGACAGCGUUUGAGUUUUACUUAUUAAUUAAAAUUUUAAUUUUUAUGAAGGAAUCUUUGGUUUUUUAUAUAUCAAUGUUUUUAUAUAGUAUUUUCUAGUUUUAUAAUAAAGGCUUUGCACGUUUAAAAAGAAUCAUAGAAAUAAUUUAAAUAGAUGUAAAUACAUUUA